CGACGCUUUCAUAGUCCAUGGAUAUAUCUGCUACUGUAGCAUACAGGACUCGGUAGCCCAUAGACAGCCAUGGACAACUCGGUCGACUCUCUCCUCGCCCUCCUCCGCUCGACCCAAGACGGACCUCCUCCCCAGCCAACCACCUCCAACAGCAACACAUCCAAUACCCGCCAAGUCCCUUCAUCGUCCCAGCUCAGCGACCUCCUCACUUCUCUCAAUGCCCGGCCGGCGCCCAGGCCGCCAAAGCAAGGCGGAGCAGAUCAAGCGCAAGGGCGAGCCAGGAAGGACAUCCUAGAGCCCUUUGGUCCGGUAGGCGUAUCUGCUAGGCCAUCAGUUUCACCAGUGAAGAGGAGCAGGGAAGAUACCAGUCGUGGAGGGAACGAGGAGGAAGGAUCCUUUGGGCGAGUGAGGCAAGUGAGCAGAGGGGAGAGCUUUGAUGGUGGGCAAGUCAAGAGCGCUAGAGUGGAAGAGCCGGCAUUGGAUGAGAUGUCUUUUGGAAAGGCUCUGCCUGUCAUAACACGACUAUUAGAGGAUGACAAUCUCAAGACAGAGCUGCGAAAGAUGAAACAAGAUCAAGACUCUCUUGAGAGACGUUUAUGGGCCAAACAAGAAAAGCUCAAGGGGGACCAUGAAAGGCAGACUAAAGCCGAAAGAGAAAUAGCGAAGAUUGCUCGGAAGCCAAUACCCCCGGAGAAGACCAAACAAUGGUCUAGAUCCCUUUCAACAGCGCUCUCGACAUUCUACACCCAGCAAUGUAUACCCUCCAUCGACGGCCUUGCCUUUCGGCAGCGUCAGCGUCUGAAAGAGCUGGGGGUUCCGGGGCUGGGCCGAGAAGAUGGCGUGGUGGAUGAGAAGGUGAAGCAGAGAAUAAAGAGGAUCAUGGAAGUGCUUGAAGGUGGUUUGGAGGAUUGAACAGGGAAUAUGGACGGAUAUGAGGAUGUGCCAGCAGCGCACCGGACAGCGGACCCCAGACCAAGCAGAUGUUGCUGGGGGCUUCUCUCAUCGAAGAUAGAACAGCCUAGACAUUUACACCAAGCACAAGUAGCACAUCUUUGCCCUUCGCUCUGCCGCACAGUGCGUUACCCUGCAUGCAGGUUCAUCUACAUCCCGAA